AAACAUUUCAUUCCUAACCUAUAUAAAAUUUGCAAACAAGUAUUGAACCAACUAAAUGUCACGUGGUUGAAGGCACGUUAAAUACACCAUAAUUUAAAAAAAAAGAAAAAAGCAAACAAGUAUUGAAUGUAAUUAAACACAUUUUGAUAUCUGCGAGAAGAAUGAGUUUCCGCAAAACCAAGAAAAUUAUAGAAGAGGGAGAUGUUGUUAUCUUGUACUUAAGUCCAAACAAGAUGCAUUCUCUGGAAGUCAAAGCAAAAAUUUCUAACAAAAAGGACGAGAUUGUGGAUAAUGUGUUUCAGACCACAUAUGGCGCAUUGAAAGUUAUUUCUCUUAUCGGACAAAAGUAUGGUUCAAAAGUGAAAUUGACUCGUGGUUGGGCAUAUGUAUUACAGCCAACGCCAGAACUUUGGACGUUGACACUGCCGCAUAGAACGCAAAUUAUCUAUAGUCCAGAUAUAAGUCUCAUUAUACAUUUAAUGGAACUGAAACCUGGAAGUGUAAUUAUCGAAACAGGUACUGGCAGUGGCUCUCUAUCUCAUUCACUUAUCCGAACAAUACGUCCAAAUGGUCAUUUGUACACUUUCGAUUUUCAUGAACAACGCGUAUUUAUUGCCAGUGCAGAAUUUGAAAGACAUGGUUUAAGCAAUUAUGUAACUUUGAGAAAAAGAGAUAUUUGCUUAGAAGGAUUUGGAGAAGACCUGAAGCACAAGGUUGACGCAGUCUUUUUAGACCUUCCACAUCCAUGGUUAGCUAUAGAACAUGCUACUAUUGCUUUGAAAGAAAAAGGUGGAAAACUCUGCUCUUUUUCUCCUUGCAUCGAGCAAGCUCAGCGUACUUGUGCAAAACUGAUCUGUGAAGGAUUCAUAGAAUUAAAUACAUAUGAAUGUUUGCAAAGAGAAAUGAACGUUCAAUAUAGAUCUUUAUCAGUGCUGGAUUUGGAAUGUCUAAAAUACAAGCACACGAAUGAGGAUAUGGCACGAAAGAAUAAAAAGAAGCAAGAAGAAAAACUCCUUACAGCUAUUCACACCGAAUCAUUACCUGGUCACACAGGUUUUGUUACAAUCGCCACUCUUCCCCCUUGUUAUGCGCGCAAACAAGAAAAAAGAGAAUCGAGUUAACAGUGUGGAGAUCAAGAUUAAAAUCAGACGAACGAAAGACUGAAAAGUAGAAAACACUAAACCCUGUGCACCCUAGAACACACCUUCCUACAUAAGCUUAGCACAAGCUCACAGGUCGAUGAAAAAGGCAGCAGGUUAGCUGUGUCUUUCCGUCGUAGGACACAUUGAUGGGCCUUUAUCUUUGAUGUGACACAUCUACGAACAAUUGUAUGAACGGACCUUUUAUUUUGUUGUUUCAUAUUUUUCUUGCAUGAGAUUUUCAGACUGUAUUUGUCGUGAACUUAUUAAAAUAGAUUGUUUAGCUGUACGAGCUGACAUUGAUUGUACAAAACGUUACUCAGAGUGUAUGACAUAUAGAGAUAAUCUAUGUUA